CGGAGCAGAUCCCUGUGAGAGGAGCCAUUCUUCACCGGAGCCUCAGCUGGAGCAGACUUAAUGAGAACCUGGUGUCGAGACGCGUAGUUGGAGGAGGUGGAGAAGAGAGGAGAGGAGAGGAGAGAAGGAGAGAGGGGGUGUAGGGAGAAGUCACGGCUCCUUCUGAGUCUUUCCUCCGAGAGCUCAGCACAAACCAUGCUGUUUGAAAUCCGCAGCCUCAGGUCCUGCUCUUCUGCGAGGAUGUUGGCAGCUCUUGUGUGUGUUCUGCUCUGCAUCCAGCCUGGACACGGACAGGCCUGCCAGGAAGGGUUUGCAUAUGACCGCAGGGCCAGACAGUGUGUAGAUGUGGACGAGUGCCGUACCCUGCCAGAUGCCUGCCGGGGAGACAUGCGCUGUGUGAACCAGAACGGAGGCUACCUGUGCAUGCCGAGGAGUCUGUACAACCAGCCCUACAGACCCGAGACCCCCUUGCUGCCGGAGCCCUCUUACCCGGACACGUCUCAGGGAUUCCAAGACUCCUUCCUCCCGGCUCCCAGGUCCGUGGAGCCCAGCUACCCCAGAGUGGGCAGCACGGCCCAGUGCCUGCUGGGAUAUUCUCCUGCAGAGGACGGGACCUGUAACGACAUCGACGAAUGUGAGACCAACUCUCAUCACUGUAACCCCACCCAGGUGUGCAUCAACACGGCGGGGGGCUACACCUGCUCCUGCACCGAGGGGUACUGGCUCAUCGGGGGGCAGUGUCAGGAUAUUGAUGAAUGUCGCUAUGGUUACUGCCAACAGCUGUGUGCCAACACCCCGGGCUCUUACUCCUGCUCCUGUAACCCCGGCUUCAUCCUCAACCCAGACAGCAGGACCUGCCAAGAUGUGGACGAGUGUGAAGAUGAGCCGUGCACUCACGGCUGCUUCAACACCUACGGCUCCUUCAUGUGUAACUGUGACGAGGGAUUCGAGCUGGCAGCUGAUGGAACUUCUUGUAUCGACUUGGAUGAGUGCAGCUUUUCUGAGUUUCUGUGUCAGCACAGAUGUGUGAACACCCCCGGCUCCUUCUCCUGCAUCUGUCCGCCCGGGUACUUUGUGUUUGAGGACGGCAGGAGCUGUGAAGAUAUCAAUGAAUGUGACACUGGUAACAACACCUGUACAACAGCACAAGUAUGUUUCAAUUUCCAGGGAGGCUACACAUGCCUGGAUCCUCUACAGUGUCACUCUCCUUACGUCGAAGUUAGUGACAAUCAGUGCAUGUGCUCAGCUGAGAACCCUGCCUGCAGGGACAAGCCCUUCACCGUUCUGUACCGACACAUGGACUUGUCGUCGGGGCGCAGUGUGCCUGCAGACAUCUUCCAGAUGCAGGCCACCACCCGCUACCCGGGCGCCUUCUACAUCUUCCAGAUCAAGUCGGGCAAUGACGGGCGAGAGUUUUACAUGAGGCAAACCAGUAACGUGAGCGCCACCCUGGUGUUGUCCCGGCCGAUCAAAGGCCCCAAGGAGCUGGUGCUGGAUCUGGAGAUGGUCACCGUCAACAAUGUCAUCAACUUCCGAGGCAGCUCCAUCAUCCGCCUGACGAUAUUCGUGUCGGAGCACCCGUUCUGA